AUGUCAUCGCCUACCAAGCGAACAGUCCUCAUCACAGGAUGCUCCCAAGGGGGUGUCGGUAACACGCUGGCACUCGCAUUCGCAGCCCAAGGCCUACGCGUCUUCGCAACCGCCCGUUCGCUUAAGUCCGUGGCGAACCUCACAGAAAAGGGCAUCGAAACGCUCACGCUCGACGUGACGAGCUCGGAGAGUAUCGCUACCGUGAAAGAGGAGAUUUCAAGACGUACAGGAGGUACCCUUGACAUUCUGUACAACAAUGCGGGUGCUCUCUACGAAGCGCCAGCAGUAGAAGCAGACUCCUACCGCACCCGCCAAAUGUUCGACGCCAACGUCUUCGGCCUCUUCGACAUGGUGACAGCCUUCACCCCGCUCCUCCUCGCCGCCGUCUCCACCUCCCGAUCCUCCCAGCAACCCACAAUCGUCAACGUCGCCUCCGUGCUCGCCCGCCUCCCGGGGCCCUUCACGUCAGGCUACAACGCCACAAAGGCCGCCGUCGCGGCCUACUCUGACACCCUCCGUCUCGAGGUCGCGCCCCUCGGCCUGCGCGUGCUGACGGUCUACAUGGGCGAGGUGGCCACCUCCAUCAUCCAGGCCAACAAUAUCAGCUUCGACAGGGACAGCCUGUACGUCGACGCCGAGGAUAAGGUGCGGGAGCGCAGCGCCACGCACGAGAAGACGACGAUGAAGCCUGAUGAGUUUGCGAGGCAGGUCGUGCCGCUUGUGCUCAAGAGCGGCGGGAGCCCGUAUGUGUGGAAGGGUACGAACGCGUGGCUUGUUUGGUUCUUGAAUGCGUUUGGGCCGAGGACGGUGUUUGAUGGGACCAUGAAUGCGGGGGCGGGGUUGGACGAUGCGGUGAUUAAGAACAAGAUUUUCCAAAGAGGCCAGGAAAAGCAAUGUCCCUCCCAUAAGGCGUGGCAGGUCAAGGAGGCAGGCGCCCCUCUGCAACUCCGGGCGGCAGAGUUAAAGGCGCCAGGGAAAGGCGAGGUCCUCGUCAAGGUGCUCGCCUGCGGCAUCUGUCACUCGGACGUCGGCAUGCAAAAAGGCGAAUUCGGCCCCGUUCAUCCCCGCGUCCCGGGCCACGAGAUUGUCGGCGACGUCGUCGCCGUCGGUGAGGGCGUGUGUCGAGGUUCACGGGCGGCGAGCGCGUUGGAGGAGCUUGGCAUGAAGGUGAGCCACGACGGAACCUGCGCAACAUGCCAGCUAGGCCAAUCCCAAUCCUGCCAAAACGGCCCAAUCAACGGCGUCACCCGCGACGGAGGCUACGCAGAAUACGUCACCCUCCGCGCCCAAGCCGUCGUCCGCGUCCCAGCAGACCUCGACCCCGCCGAGACGGCGCCCCUCCUCUGCGCCGGCGUCACCGUCUUCAACGGCAUCCGCAAGAUGGAGAUUCCCCAAGGAAGCCUCGUCGCCGUCCAAGGCCUCGGCGGCCUAGGCCACCUCGCCGUGCAGUACGCCACCAAGAUGGGCUACCGCGUCGCGGGCAUCAGCUCCGGCGCCGCGAAAGCGGAUUUCGCGUCUGAGCUGGGCGCCGAGUGCUUCAUCGACAGCAGCGUCGAGGACCCCGUGGCGAGGCUCAAGGCCCUGGGCGGCGCCGCGCUCGUGGUCGCGACGGCGCCGAGUGCAAAGGCUAUCAGCCCCCUUACGGGCGCGCUGCGGGUGCGCGGCAAGUUGUUGGUGCUCGCGGCGGUUGGGAACAUUGAAAUCAGCUCGUUGCAUUUGAUCGCGGGCGGCUAUUCGGUCCAUGGGUGGCCUAGUGGGCACGCGCGGGAUUCGGAGGACGCGAUCGAGUUCUCGAGGAAGCAGGACGUCUAG